AUGUCUGCCCUCCUGCUCAUCCCCGUCCGGACGUGUCGCGGUUGGGCCUUAAGGUGUAGCCGGGUGCUGUGUGUGGGCGGUGGGCGGAUGCAGUGUGUAGGAAAGGUCGGGGAUAUGCGGCCUACCCCGGAGAACUCGGCGUACACAGGCCGGAGCCCUGCCAGGCUCAGUUCUCAGGGCCCCACUGAACCAGCCACCAAGGAGACCAGCGGCGCUGCAGCCGACGGCGGCGGAGAGAAGCCGAGCAAAACGCAGCAGCUGAAGCGCAUCUUCAAGGAAUACGGGGGCGUGGCGGUGGCCUUCCACGUGGGGAUCUCUCUGGUGUCACUGGGGAUAUUUUACGGUCUGGUGUCCAGCGGUCUGGACGUCCCCGCGCGCUCCUCCUUAAAGUCGGCUUCAGUGAAGCUGUGGUCCAAUCCAAGAUGGCGGCGGGAACGAGUACCUUCGUGUUGGCGUACGCCAUCCAUAAACUGUUCGCUCCGGUGCGGAUCAGCAUCACCGUGGUGUCCGUCCCUUUCCUGGUCAGGUACUUCAGGAGAACCGGAUUCUUCAAGCCGCCUCCCCCUCGUGCUUAGCGGGGUCCCGACACGGACACGACUACUCAGGCUGCUUCCUCGGGGACCUGGAACUUGGCGAUGCCCAUAA